GGCACUCCAUAAACAAUCUGUUGACUUUUCCGUAGUCUACGGCGUCAUCUUGUCCAUUUUGUUAGAGAUUUCCAAAUAAAUGCGACUCAAAGGAAAGGAUUGGAAGAUUUGCUUUUUAAAUGAAGCUUGACUUCUGUCAUUGUUCCUGAUUUCGACGUAGCUGUAUUUGCGAUCGUGAUAAAGUAAAUCUUGUUCGUUCCUCUGUAACUGGACCAGUCACAAGACCGAGCAGCAGGAGCAAAUCGUUAAUCGGGCACCAGGACACAAAGCCAGACGGGGCUGGGCCUGCCGGUCCGGGAGUGAAUGGCCGAUGGCUCUACAGCAGUUGCUAGGCUGUUUAGAUCAGAUAUGUGGGACGAUAGGUGAACGGCAGGAGAACCAAAUAUUCCUCAGGAAUCUACUGAACAACAAGGAACUAGCAGCUCUUUGUCAGGCUCACUCAGUCAUUGAAGAUUUUGAUGAAUGGAAGUAUCCCCCUGCCGAUAACAAUGCAUUUCAAAUGCUAUAUGAGGUCUGUGAAGAGCUGCAAGACUUUGUCAACAUGCCUGAGGUCAUGGAACUCUGCUGCCUGCUCACAAGAGCCCACAUGAGGGCAGUGUUUGACAUCCAUGACCAGAUCGCCAACAAGGACUAUGUACCAGAGCUUCCCCCAGAGUUCCCAGCUGAUAUCACUCCCUUGUGUAGUGAUGAUGAAGAAGCAGGGGUCAAGAUAGUCAAACUUGUCAAAAGUGUCGAACCUCUGGGAGCUACGAUCAAAUAUGAUCCAAAGACUGGAAUGAUUGUGAUUGCAAGGGUGAUGCAUGGAGGAGCAGCAGAUAGGAGUGGUUUGAUCCACGUUGGUGACAAGGUUCAGGAGGUGAACGGGAUACCUGUGAAGGGGAGAGACCCAGAGGAAGUGACCCAUUUCUUGGCUUCCCUGGACGGAUCCAUCACAUUCAAGUUAAUACCAGCUGAUAAUGAUACAAAGAAGAUCGCACACAAUAGUCAGCAGAGCCAAGUCACUACCACACCCCUACCUCCCUUUGGAGCCUCUGUUGCAUCCGGCUUCUUGAUGGAAGACUUCACAGGGGCUGGUGAUCCUGGAAAGGUGAAGAUGAGAGCUCACUUUGACUACGACCCCUACAAGGAUGAAAUGAACCCAUGUCCUGAUGCUAGUCUAUCAUUCAGGAAAGGUGAUAUACUUCAGAUAGUAGACCAAGGUGAUCCUCAUUGGUGGCAAGCUAAGAAGAUAGGAGAGAAAGGAUUACGGGCUGGACUCAUUCCUGGUAGACAACUCCAAGAAAGGAGGUUAUCUAAUCAGCGUUCCAUCAUAAAUGGAAGUCUCGGCAGCAAUUCAUCUUUAGAUUUAUCGUUCAAAGAGAGUAGUGUAAGAAUCAAUGUAAGAAGUAGCUUCAGAACAAAUAAAAGAAAGGUCAAGAAAGUAAUGUAUCUUGCUAAACAAAAUGAAGAUUAUGACAAUGAAGAAGUAUUAACAUAUGAAGAGGUAGCAUUAUACAAACCACCUGCAUCAAGACCAAGGCCCAUCGUUAUUAUUGGUCCUCCUGGUGUUGGUCGCAAUGAAUUAAAGCGGAGACUCAUCGCUUGUGACCCAGAUACUUUUGGCAGUGCAAUUCCCCACACAUCCCGCCCUAAACGGAUUAUGGAGGAGGACGGGAUGGAGUAUUAUUUUGUCUCCAGGGAGGUGAUGGAUAAAGCAGUAGAAUCAAACCGUCUCAUAGAGUACGGGGAGUAUAAAGGUCAUAUGUAUGGCACCAGUAUCCUAGCAACUAAGAGGGUCAUUGAUGAGGGUCAAACCUGUCUUCUCUGUGUUCAUCCUCAGGCCUUGAGGAUCUUAAAGCAGUCUGAGCUGAAACCCUAUGUAAUAUACAUCAAGCCUCCAUCAAUAGAUGUCCUUAGAGCUACAAGAAUGUCCCGUAAAGCUAUGGUCACCAUGAAGAAAUCACACACAAGACCGUUUGCAGAUGAAGACCUUGUGAAUAUGGUGCAGGUCGGUAAGCGAGUGGAAGCAAUGUACCAGCAUUAUUUUGAUUACACCAUCACCAACGACAACCUUCAACGCACCUUCAUGGAACUGAAAUCGGUCAUCACCCGAGUACAGACGCAGGAGCAGUGGGUCCCUAGCAAGUGGUUGAGAUAGACUCGAUAAUCCUCAGACCAUCAGAUGGUCUUGUUUUCACACGGUCACAGUGGACUGCAUUUCAAUUAUAAUUGCACAGAUUGUAAGCAGAGACAAGCGCUUCGGUAUUACUUGCCCGGACUACAUACAUGAGGCCACUGGACCAUGUACUUCAUACCAGUGACUUUGACAGAAGCCUGGCAAAGUGACCUUGUGGAUGGCCUAGGUUUGUUCCCAGAUAAAGAAGACUAAUGCAUUUAUAUGAUUAUGCUUGCACCAAUCUAACAGACAGAUUUAACAGAACUGAAGGACCAAGUCUUUGUUCCAAGAAUAUCCCAAAGACCAGUCAUAUCAACUUGUAUUCAAGAAGCAUGAAGACAAGUGUAUGCUUUUUCUUAUUCUGUUUUGGGAAAUUAAAGUAUUUCUGUAGUGUGCUCUGUUUGUAUAUUCAUAUUCGGUUCAUAUGCCCUAAAUAGGACCAAUUAGAUUGUAAUAUGAUGAAUUGUCAUCUGAAACUUAUCCUUUGUUUUAAGACCUAUUUGUCACCAUUUUCAAUGAGUUCUAUUCUAAGCAGUAGCAGCAGAAUUCUUAGUUGGUAUACAUGUCAUCUCAUGAAUGGCAUUGAAAUAUUGCUAUUACAAUUUUUGUUUUAAUCUGAAAGAUAAUUCAGAUCUACAGCAAUGUUUCAAAAGUGUUGUCCGUCAUCAUAUGUUGUCUUUGCUGCAUGCAGGAUUUCAGAUCGGCUUUCACACCAAUCUUCCUUUGUUUUGUAUGAAGAUGAGAAGAAGGGGAGGAGUAACAGGGAAAAGGAAAAAGCGAAUUCUAGAAAGACACAUAAAAAGCAGUUCAGACUUAUAUUCAAUGUGCUUAGAGAAAUGUACUUAAGUUGUAUUGGAAGUUAAAAAGAUGUUUAAAUCUCUAAACUAGAACUUGUUUCUAAAAAAUAUCCUUUAAAGCUCUUAGAAACAACCCUGAUCUAUUAAGCGAUGUAUUUGUUAUGUGGAAUAAGGAUUUUUUUUUCAAUCUAUUGAAUAUUUACUGCUGAGUUUGCAAUAGAUCAUAACUUUGUAUCAAUAGUUCUUGCCUUCAAAUUGUACUUUGUAUUUAUUUGUCAUCAUCCCCUCUCGGCAUACCAAGAUCCCAUUCAAUGAUCAGAUUCAAAUAGUUAAAAUAUUAAGUGUUCAUUGCAAAUCUAAAUGAUCUUCAAGUAACAAAUUUAUAUGUUCCUUCACCAAAUGGGACAGGUUCUGAAAUAAAAAACCAAACAAGUGUAUAAGACUGCUAGCAAUAUCUCAUUUGUUAAUUCAUUUUACAUGCAGUGAUCUUAGAUUUCCAAGAAAGUACUGUACCUCAUUUAAAAAAAAAAGAAGAAAGGAACAUCUGACAUAAAAAUUGUAAAAAUCGUAUUCCUGGUAAUCUGGAAGAUUGUCCCAACAUAGCAUCAAGCAUUGCAUAUUUACAGGAAAGAGAAAUCUAUAGUAACAUGUUUUAUAUAAUUUUUUUCCCCUUUCCUCUCUUUUGCCCUUCAAAAUACACACACUUAAGAAUGUACAUUGUGAUCUUAGCUGUAUUUGUGUAUGUAUUGGUAAAACUACUUCAUUAUUAGAUAUUAAAUACUUGAUGUGAUUAUUUUGGUGCUUUGCUUUGAAUUUUGUUGUUUUUCAUGAAUUGUAGAUGGAAAUGAAGGUGAUUAUUUGCACCAGCCUCAAAAGUUAGUGAUGAUAUAUGUUGAUGUGCAGUGAUGAAUUGGAAAUAAAAUAGGGGCCAUUUUAUAUCUACGUCAAUCUAGUGGCUAAUAAUACUAUUCAGGCGAAAUUCAAGGAAGUAACAAAGAUACCAAAUAAUCACUGAUAAGAUUGAUGUUAAGAGUUUUUUUCUUUGAUGUAAAUUGAUAUUAAUUUAUGCAUGAAGUGAUAUUACAUAUAAAUCACUACUAAUCUAAGCUUACUGUUUUAUUUAUAAAAAGAAAUUUUAAUGAGAUCCUCUUCAACAGUAUUUUAAGAUAUAUGGGUUUAAAUAUUUAAUUCUGAUAUAUUGCAUAUUUUGUCAAUCUUCUGAGGUUUUUCAACCUAUUUACAUUUCUUAUUUCUAGAAAUUUUCUAUUACACUUUUGCAAUCAUAUAUCAUUAGCUAAUUUAUUAUUGUUUGAGUAAGCUUUGAGAUAGUGAAAGGGGAUUUAUUCUGUAUUCCUAGAAAAGACAUGCAAAUUGCAUUGAAUUUGUACACAACAUGUACACUUUUAUUCUGUACUAAACUGUACUUACAUAAUGCUAUGUAAUAGACCAUGCACCAAGUGGGGGUACACGAGUGGUUUAAGAGUCAAGAUUUUUAUUUUAUUUGAGGAAGGUUAAGUUAGAUAGGAUAAAACCUGGGAGUAUUAUCUUCAUUAUAUUUAUUAUUAUGUAAUUUUGGCAAUUUAUGUACUUACCAGUAGCCUACUCAUAUGUUGAACUCAACACAAUCAACACUUGUUGUUGCAUGUUCAAUACAAAGGGGAAAAAACUGAUGAGUGAGCUAAUGAAUGAAAGUGAAACAUGGAUAACGUGCCUUGAAUAAUAAUAGACUGCCUAGAAGAAUAACAAUAUUAGAAUAUAUUCAUUUGAAGAGCUACAGAUAAUGUGAACUCAUUUAAUGUAGAUGCUGAUACUGCAGCAUUGCCAAGUUAACUUGUCCAAACAAGACACCACAUGAAAUUCAACUGAGAAAUGGUGUAUUCAUGGAUGAAUAUUGGAUACUGUAUGUAUCUGAUUAUAAUGUUUUAUAGUUUUUCAGAUGUAUUAUUUAUUUUUUUAUUGGUAAUAUAUGUUUAUUUGGGGGUAAUACAAGAUUGAAAAAUUGUGUCUCUAUUAGUAGUUGAGGAUGAAUGAAGAUGAUUUUGUUUUCCAGAUAAGUGUACAAAUAUCAUAUUCUCAUUUAUGAUAUACAUGUAAUACAUUGGCUUACACUAGUGUUGUAAUUAUUUUCUCUCUAGUAUUUUCAUGUUUUACUAAAUGGUAGCAUUUUGCUUAUUCAAGUAUACCUUUGGAAUGAAUUGUAUCACUACCGUAAGUCAAAAUUCACUUCAGAUAUUGAUCAGAGAUCAGUAUACAAGCAUUGUAUUCUCAUACAGGACACAUUACAAUGAAUCACUGUAUUUAAUUGAUAUUAGUUAUACUUGCUAAUGGGUAGUUUAUACACAGUAUUUAUUGAAUUGAUGUGUAAUUCUAAAUUAUCUUUGCAAUAAUAUAGAGUAUAUUUCUUUCCAUUCUUUUCUCCUCAAUUUUAUUGAUCUUCGCUUAAUUUCGCUAUGAUAUUUUUCUCUCCAUUAUAUUUAAAUUCUGCCUCGCUUUGCUUUUUUCUGUCAAGUCUUUUUUCUUUCUUUAUAUCUUUAUUCUUAUCUGUUUAAUAUAUUAGCUCUAUUUCCCUUUCUACUUUAAAAUCCUAUAUAUUUUUUUCUGUGUGUUUAUCUCUCUCUGUCUCAUGUCUAUAUUCCCUUCCUCCAAUAUUUUUUUCAAUCUUUUCACCCUUCUCUUCAAUUUUCCACUAACUUUCAGAUACAUGUAUAUUUGGCUGUCUCUACUUAAUUAUCCAAUGACAGUAUUUGUAUUCAGGCACUUAGAUAUUCCAAUUUUUAACCAUUUGAUAUAGGUAAUGUACACACAACUCAGUAUUUGGCUUCUUGUGUUUUUUUUCUUCUGAUCUUUAUCCUCUUCGUGUUUUUUACUGCUCUGUACUUUAUUCAAAUGUUUCACAUUUUUACAAUUUCAAGUUUUGAACAAAAUGUAUGCAUAGAAGCUUAUUAAGUGUUUAAAUUACAUUUUGAAUUAACAAUCCAUGAUUAUGCUUUCAAACUAAUUAUGUAUUCUCAAGUUUUGGUAUUUUUGUAAUAUCAGUAAGUGACUUUAAAUGCCUGAUAACAUUCUAAUCAUUUGUAUAGGCCUCUAAAUAGUGAUGCAUUUUGCAAAAUAUUCUGCCUAUCAACAACUUAAACUACGAGUGUGUUUGUUGUAUUGUAAUUUGUUUACUUUUCCAUAAAAGGUAGUCAGAAUGGAUUCAUUGUCAUCUCGCUUUAUUAUUAUUAAUUUAUCAGGAAUGUGAACCCACAAUUAAAGCCAUAACCACAGGUUUUCGCUGAAUUCCUCAUGGUGAUCAAUGGUGUGUGAGCUUGAUAAAACUAAUGCCAUUCUUUAGUUUAAAAUCAAUAUGUCAUUUAUGAAAAAUCAAUUUUAUGAACGGUACAUGUGCAGGAAUUCUCAAAAUAUGUACACAUCCCCACAUAAAGACAAGGAUGUAUAUAAUAAAGAUAAAACUAAUUCAUGUAUAUGAUUAUAAAUCUAAUCCCAGUUUGGGAUUAAGAGUUUAUACAAAUUUAUCCUAUACAAGAUUUGUUACUAACAUUGUGAUAAUCAUGUAUUAAAGACUACAAGAAAAUCAUGCUUUAA